AUGGAGACGGAGCAAUUAGCCGUCAGCCUCGAUGGGCUGAGGGCCAUUGCCGAUGCCACCUUUCGAUUGACCUUCAGCUUCGCCAAAAGUGAGAGCAGGUUGAAGUCGGAGAUCCGGAGCGUCGCCGACGAGAUACAAGACAUUGCGGGCUUGUUGCACCGACUAUCGCUACUGGUAUCAGGACUUGGAGAAAACGAGGACCAAAUUUCGGACGUGAACACCACCCCGACCCCGCUGAUCUCAUGCCGCCGCACUUUGGAACGACUAGAGGGAUCGCUGAGGAGACGGACACAUGAAUCGGACGGCGACGGACAUGAACAAAAAGGGCGCACCGAUCUCAAGUGGCCAUUCACGACUGCUUGGACGGCAGAUCUCUUGAACGAGCUUGGCGAGCACAAGCAGACAAUUUCGAGAGGGUUGUAUGCAGAUUCAGUCGAAGAACUGCUGCAAAUACUAUCAAAAGGAAAGUCUGCGAUGGUCAUAAGUGAUGAAGACUGGGUGUCAGAAGCUUUUACCGACUUUCUCCAAUCCACUGGCCAUUACUCUGGUAGUAUCUACAAAGUUCUCAACCGCUUCAUCCGCGUUCGUGAAGAAGACUACAUCAAGAUACAAAAACGAUACAAGCACUUCCAUAUACAGACAGACCUUUUUCAAGACCAACAAUUCGAAGCUUGGCUAAGUAAGGGAGGAUCACACCUUUGGCUCACAGCUCCUCCAGGCUGUGGGAGAACGGCAUUCACUGGGGCACUAGUACGGGAAACCUUCCAGCGACGCCGUCCAAACACAAUCGUUGUGCCAAUCUACUUAGAGAUUCUACAAAGCUAUGGCCAGAAUCUCAGCCUACUUGGCACCAUCGUUGCUCAGGUAGCGCGCCAGAGCCAGAGCGCGUUCGAACUGCUGAGCCAAUAUCGUCAAAGUGGCGAACCAACGAUGCUGCACGACAAGGUCGGCCGGGAAGAACUUAUAGCGCUGCUUUGGCAGAUGUCAAAAUCAUUCGACCACGUGUUGGUUAUCGUCGACUGCGAUAGGCACAGGGCAUUUGGCAUCAUGCAGAUUAUUACGACGUUGAUCAAAGACUCAAAGGAACUCGCGCCCAAUUUCAGCCUAGCAGUUGUUUCUCAAGAUUACGAGAUCGUUCGAGAUUCUUGGAAUGAACUUAGUACUCACGUCGAGAUCACACCAACCGUGGCUUGCUUACAAACUUUUGCUGCCACCGAAUUAGAAAGACGAGUCAGGACCGGGGCUCUGCGGCUCGAAAGGCCAGCGAUGAAGGAUGAUGCGAUUCGCAAACUCAGCGUUGUUGAUGAUUACGUGUAA